CACGGGCUCUUAACGGACCUGGGCUCAAUUUUCACGGAUUCUCACGCUUUCUCUCUCUGGGUACAUUUUGUUCAUCUCCUUCCUUCUGUUUCUGUCUCUUCAAUUUCUGCAGCACCAGGGUUUACUUCCAGUGGCAGUAACAAGGGGUAGCGUCGCGUCGUCGGAGUCUCAGAGAAAAUCAUAAAAAUGUUUGAACUUUGAAUAAACCGGUCGAGUGCUCCGACGACGAGCCUCCGACAGGGCGACAAGCAGUUCACAGAAUCACAGUUGUUCAGUGAAUGACGAUUUUCUUACAAGAUUUUGUUGGCUGGUAGCCAUGGCCAUGAUUUAACAUAUGAUAAUCAAUGUCUUCCCCGUGUUUGGACUUAUUCACAGAUCUAUAGGCGCAUGCUCGAGAAACUUGCUCUCUCUCUACGGUUCAUUAGUGGAGAUACGGCGUGCAAACUUUCUUUGGCUUAUUAUUUGUCUGAAAAUAAUAAAAAGCUUGGAGCAACCUUUUCCGAGACAUGGCAUUGAUUAGGCAGAGUAAUUGGUAUAAAAUUUUGAAUGGAGCAUUGCUCGCCAAUAUAGAGAUAGAUAAAUUGGGAACAAGAUGGUAUGCUAGCCAUAAAAAGGUGGACUGGGAUAAGCUGAGGCCGAUGAUAAAGCAGAGGAUAGAGAAGAGAGCUAGAGGAUAUCCAAUUAGAUCUAUGAUUCCUGUUGCAGAAGAAAUUCUUCAAGCUCGAUCUAUUGUCAUCCAUGGCGUAUCUGCACUACUUAAAAUGUUGCCAGUUGUAGCAUGCAAGUUCUGUCCGGAAGUACAUGUUGGUGAGGCAGGUCACCUAAUUCGUACGUGUUUUGGUCACAGACGUUGCAACAAGAAUCAGGUUCAUAAAUGGAUCAGCGCUAGCCUAAAUGAUAUACUGGUUCCUGUGGAGACAUUUCAUCUUGAUGACAUGGUCCAAGAUGUAAUUAAACACCAACAAAGAUUUGAUUUUGAGCGUGUUCCUGCUGUUGUUGAAUUGUGCAGUCAGGCAGGAGCUUCUUUACAUAAUCUGGAUCUUCAAUCUUCUAACUGUAUGGCGGACUCAAUAGAAGGCCUUGCUUUAAGCGGACCUGAUUCCUUGUCAACAAAUGACUUAAGAACCAUAGGAAAUAGAACGUUAAGGGCAUGGGAAGCACUUAGACAAGGUGUGGAGAAGCUCUUGUUAGUCUAUCCAGCAAAGGUUUGCAAGUAUUGUUCAGAAGUUCAUGUGGGACCAUCAGGCCAUAAGGCCCGACUCUGUGGAGUAUUCAAGUAUCAAAAUUUCCGAGGGAACCAUUUCUGGGAGAAGGCAGGUGUAGAUGAUUUGGUGCCACCUAAGAUAGUGUGGUAUCGUCGACCUCAAGACCCUCCGGCACUUUUGCAUGAAGACCGCAAUUACUAUGGACACGCACCUGCUGUAGUGGAUCUCUGCACUAAGGCUGGUGCUGAACCACCGCUUAAGUAUAUGUGUAUGAUGAAAGUUCAGGGAUUAAGAGGGCCGCCUUCUGAGAAGGUUUCAGGCUAAAUGCACAGUUUUUGCUGCUUUGGAUAUGCAUUCACUUGCCAUCAUCCGGUGUUUUGGGCUUAAAUAAAUUUUAUUGCAGCAGGAUCUUACAUCUUCAAAUAAACUAUAUGGAAGACUAUCUGAUACGGUGACAUAACCAGACGCUGCUGAAGUUGGGGUUUAUGUAGUGAUUGUAUGCAAAACAGAGAUGUAGAUGUGUAGGGUUGGUUAAUCGGCAUGGUAGUUCAAUGGAUUUAAGAGUAGGAUCAAACUCAUCAAAAUACAAAAGUUAUAAUUGGAUGUCGUUAAUAGGUAGAAGUUUUGAUUGAUGUAAGGGUAUUUUUGUCUAAAGUAGGUCGAUAUGUGGAGAUUUUCGAUCAUAGGGUAUUUCACGUGUUGUUAAAGGUCGGCCUGCUUUUACCAGGCGUUGCCCUACUUUACCAUAUUCUUUCCAACGUUACCCCCACCUCCCUCUCUAGCUUCACUUUGUCUCUCUCUCAUCUACCACCACAUAGCUUUACCACAAACACUACACCACCAUGACUAACACCACAUGUCCACAUCCACCUGCCUUCACCAUCAUUGCCUCUCAUUAGUCAUUACCACGAGUGGCGCAAAGAGCCACGUUUCCGCUUGUCUGCAACAAUGUCCCACCAUUCCGAAAAAGAGCCCAUGUUUAGUAAGUUCAUUAUCUCGGAAUAAUUCAGACGUAUAACAAACAUGUCUUGUUCAUGGUCGAGGCGUAUGAAAAUUAUGUCAGUACCAUGGCCUAGACAGUUUGAUGUAUGAAAAUUACGCCUGGGCCAUGGUCUAUACUUACUCUAAAUAGCUAUGGACCAUAGUCUGGAUGUAUUUAGCAUGUUUGGUUCAUGGUUGAGACGUACUUUUCAUGUGUCUGGCUAUUUUCCGGUACAGUAAAAUAAUUGCCAAAUAACUUGAAUU